UUUAGGAAAAACUGAUUUAAUUUAAUUCAGUCCUUACCGGCCGGACAAGUGCACAAGAGUGGUGGCGACAAAAGCUCGCGCGAUUCACUCGAAGCAGCUUUUUUUUCCAAGGGUUUCUUCCACUUUUCCUGCAGAUUCUGCUUCUCUCCGACCUCCUUCCUCACAGUAGUGCCCCGAGUGAUUCCUGGGCAUAUAAUCAAGUUCUUACCAGGUAUAGACCACCUAAUAGGAAUACUUGCUCCAGAAUUACUUGCAUCAAUAUGGAUGAUUGUGAUAGAGAAAACAUGCUAGACAGGAUGAAUUGCUACAGAGGAGGUGGUCAUCCACAGUGGAGCAUGGUUUCUCAGCAUCAUCAGAUGAAGGAGCAGAAUGCUUUUCUUAUGAACAUGAAGCUCUUCUUUGCUGAAAGGGAUGCAGCCAUUGAAGAGCGAGACAGAGCUCUUGCCGAAAAGAAAGCAGCUAUAGAAGAGCGAGACAUCGUCACCCGUCAACGAGAUGCAGCCUUUGCCGAGAGAGACAAUGCUUUAAGAGAACGUGACAAUGCGAUCGCGGCCCUCCAAUUUCAGCAAGACAACCACACCAGCGCUGGAUUUAGCUACAGAAUGUGUGGGGCAAAGUGCCAAAACACGCCCCACGUGACUGAUGCAGUCCCCAUAUCCUCCAUCUCAUCCGAAUCCAUCAAACAAAGGAAACAAUCUAAGAGUAGCUCACCGAAAACGGCAAAAAGGGUUGGUGAGGAUUUGAAUAGGCAUGUCACCACAGACGGGUCAAAAGCUGAAUGGGAUGCUCAGAACCAGGGUGGGUUCACCGUAAACCAGAUCAGUUUCAACGAGUCCACAAUGCCAACCCCGGUCUGCACAUGCACAGGAGUACCCCACCAGUGCUACAAGUGGGGCAGUGGUGGCUGGCAGUCGUCUUGCUGCACUACUUCUCUGUCAGAGUACCCACUCCCACCACUGCCACAUAAGCGACACGGGCGGAUCGCGGGCAGGAAGAUGAGCGGGAGUGUGUUUAGCAGAUUGCUUACGAGGAUGUCCGCUGUCGGCCACGAUCUGUCUACUCCUCUUGAUCUUAAGAACUAUUGGGCUAAACAUGGAACAAACCGUUACAUUACAAUCAAGUGAUGCCCAUCGACUGCUAUCUGUGUAGGGGUGUACAUUCAUAUUAGCUACCGAGUAUAUAUAGUCGUUUGUCUCUGUCCGCAGAAGCAAGCUCAUUCAUUUGUCUCGGUCAUCAUUAACAUUGUUGUUUCUGUGACACAUCCGGCAGAGGUUUGAGAUUGUAAAGUUUUGCAAAUGCGACCUCGUAUGUAAUCAAUGGCAAAAAUAGAUGCGUAUUUAUAUGAGAUCUAUACUUUUAUUUUAUUGCUUGUAGCAACCCGAAUACUAGUUCAAUAAUUAAUUUAUUAUUAUAAAACUCCGUUCCCAAAUGUAAUUUUAGCGAACGUCUUUAUAUCCUGAAAUAGAGUUUUGCUAGGAGUACCCCAAAAUGUACCUCAUUUUUACCCCAACCUCUAAUUUGUG